AUGUCUCCCUUGCUCAAAACCCUCACCUUCAACGCCCUUCAGCGGAAAUCCAUCACAUCAAGGCACUGCGCCAACCACAAGCUCUCCUACUACGUAAUAGACAAAUGGGACAUCCCAGAGGAAGGCACCUUCUCAACCGUCGGCACUAGCAGUGGGAUUGAUCACUGUGUCUACCUCAAGACCUCCAAGGAUGGCUCCUCUCCUGAUCGACUCGCUUUCGAUGGCAACCGUAACAACUUCCUUAACGACAGGACCUUGUUCAGAGAUCUGGGAUCUCCAUUAUCUCUCUACCGCCUCGGCUGCACCUUCCCUUCCGCGGUCCAUAUCGAGCAAACGGACAAGUCGGCAUGGUGGUCUGCACUCACCCACAUGACCACAGGCAAAUAUUUUGGAUUCGCUGAUAUCAAAGGAGGAGUCGAACUCAGGAUCCGAAGCGAAGAGGUGUACUUAAGCCACUACAUGCACAAAAACGGUGAGAGUGCCUGGCGCGCCAUGGACGAAUUGACAAAGCAACAAGCUAACGAGAUUGCACUGGAGCCCUACUUGGAUACACUGCCACAGGAGAUGGUCGAUCGUCUUUCUGCGCCCGAGACGGGGGAUCCGGCCUUGUUGGAGGAUCUGAGCAAGUUUGUCGAAGACAACAGGGUCUUCAAGGAAGAUAUGCUUGAGCUGUUGAGUUAUCUGGCCUCAGACCAGUGUGUGCAUGGAUACGAUAACCUCGUUGCCGGUUACGAGGCCUGA